AUGGCGCCGCAACCUUCCAAACUCGUGGAUAACGAGCAGAUAUCCGCCGCAAGCCUGCACAAUCCUCUCCCCGUUUACCUCAAGACUUACGUAUGGCCCUUCACAAUAUUAUGGCCUGUUUUUCUCGCCUUCUACCUCAAUGAGGAUCUCUACGAUGAAUACAUCGACGGCCAAGAGUGGACAUUCGUCUGGAUCACCACAAUCAUUACUCUUCAGUCACUAGCAUGGCUCUCCACGAAAUGGAGUGUCAAUUUGAACACUGUCUUUACCACCAGCAAGGCAACAGGAAUCCAGGAUGCACAGCUCAUCAAGGUCAUCCCCGUGGUCAACUCCGGAGCACCUGCGAUCUGCAAGUUGGACAAGGAGCCUGAUGGACGAAUCUCCUUUGCAUUUCAGAAGAGAAGAUUUUUGUAUUCCCCCGAGAAAGGCACAUUUGCACCAUUGGAAUUCGCGCUUGACCGAGAGGAAAAGCCUCUGCUGCGGGAUUUCCAACUGUCAAAAGGACUGACCUCCGAAGCCGAAAUCGAGACCCUGCACAACCAUUAUGGCAACAACACCUUCGAUAUCCCCAUUCCUACAUUCACUGAACUCUUUAAGGAGCAUGCCGUGGCUCCCUUCUUCAUCUUCCAAGUCUUUUGCGUGGGUCUGUGGUUACUCGACGAUUAUUGGUACUACUCCCUGUUCACUCUGUUCAUGCUGGUUGCCUUCGAAAGCACGGUCGUCUGGCAGAGGCAACGGACCUUGAACGAGUUUAUGGGUAUGAGCAUUAAACCCUACGACAUAUGGGUGUAUCGAGUCCGCAAGUGGGUGCAGAUCACAAGCGACAAGCUACUCCCUGGCGACCUGGUGUCAGUUGGGAGAACCCAGGAAGAUUCCGGCGUGGCCUGCGAUAUGCUCCUUAUUGAGGGCACAGCUAUAGUUAACGAGGCUAUGUUGUCCGGCGAGAGCACACCACUCCUGAAAGAGUCAGUUUUGCUCCGUCCAGGCGACACACCGAUCGAUCCCGACGGCUUGGAUAAAAACGCUCUACUCUGGGGAGGGACCAAGGUCCUACAGAUCACUCAUCCCUCUGCCAGCGAUGAUCCCUCGGAAAAUGUACCAAUAGUCAAGUCUGGGGUACCUCCGCCGCCGGAUAAUGGCGCUUUGGCUAUUAUUCUGAAGACUGGUUUCGAGACCAGCCAGGGCAGCCUUGUACGAACCAUGAUAUUCUCCACGGAACGGGUCUCGGCCAACAAUGCCGAAGCACUGUGGUUUAUCCUGUUCUUGCUCGUCUUUGCACUCGCAGCUUCGUGGUAUGUGUGGCAAGAGGGUGUCAAGAACAAUCGGAAACGAUCCAAGCUGCUCCUGGACUGCAUUUUGAUCGUCACCAGCGUUGUACCUCCCGAGCUGCCGAUGGAGUUAUCGUUGGCUGUCAACACCAGUCUCGCGGCGCUCAGUAAAUUUGCCAUCUUCUGUACCGAACCAUUUCGGAUCCCCUUCGCAGGACGUGUUGAUGUCGCGUGUUUUGACAAGACAGGUACCCUUACCGGUGAAGAUCUCGUUGUCGAUGGCAUUGCAGGCCUCGGGUUAGGGAAACGGGGCGCGCCUACUCAACCCGACGGCGCUCAAUCUACUGUCACCAAAGUGACAGAUUGUGGCAUUUACACGACUCUUGUGCUAGCGACGGCACAUGCCCUCGUCAAACUCGAUGAAGGAGAUAUUGUCGGAGACCCCAUGGAAAAGGCCACGCUUACAGCUCUCAACUGGAGCCUCGGCGAUCAUGACACCUUGACAAGUAGCCCACCACCCAAGUCCAAGAAGCAUCAUGUCUCAACCUCGGGAGCUUCGCAUAUUGUGCAGAUCAAACGGCGCUUUCAAUUCUCUUCUGCUCUCAAGCGUCAAAGUUCGGUGGCUGUCGUAGUGACAACUGAUCCUAAGACUGGACGAAAAGCAAAAGGCACCUUCGUUGGUGUCAAAGGCGCACCGGAAACCAUUCAAAAGAUGUUGGUGGAAACACCGCCCAAAUACGAAGAGACCUUCAAAUACUUCACCCGGAAUGGAGCACGAGUUCUGGCGCUUGGGUACAAGUACCUCUCCACUGAUGCCGAACUUGGUCAAAAACGCGUCAAUGAUCUGAAGCGGGACGAAGUCGAGUCUGGCCUUCAUUUCGCUGGCUUUCUGGUUCUGCAAACGCCACUGAAAGAGGAUGCCAUCCGAGCAAUUCAAAUGCUAAACGAAAGCAGCCAUCGUGUCAUCAUGAUCACCGGCGACAACCCUCUAACCGCGGUUCACGUGGCGAGAGAGGUUGAGAUCGUUGAUCGAGAUUGUUUGAUUCUGGAUGCUCCCGAGCACGAUGACUCUGGCACCAAACUGGUCUGGCGGAGCGUUGAUGAAAAAGUCAUUAUCCCUGUCGAUCCUUCGGCCGAACUUGACCCUCAAAUCCUCAACACCAAGGAUCUUUGCGUCACCGGUUAUGCACUCGCCAAGUUCAGUGGACAAAAGGCCCUGCCUUCGUUGCUUCGACACACGUGGGUGUACGCAAGAGUCUCGCCCAAACAGAAAGAAGAAAUUCUCAUCGGCUUCAAAGACCUCGGCUACACCACUUUGAUGUGUGGUGACGGGACGAAUGAUGUCGGCGCACUCAAGCAAGCCCAUAUUGGUGUUGCCCUGUUGAAUGGUUCUCAAGAUGAUCUCAACAAGAUUGGCGAACAUUUCCGGACCACCAAAAUGAAGGAGAUUUACGAAAAGCAGGUCCAACUUAUGAAACGGUUCAACCAACCUCCACCACCAGUACCGAUUGGCAUUGCACACCUGUAUCCGCCAGGUCCCGGGAACCCUCACCAUGAGAAGGCCAUUAAGGCUCUAGCCGAGAAGAAGGGAAUCGACCUGGAAAAUGGCGACGCAGAGAACGGUACGAUCGAGACAAUCACCUCUCCGGGUGCCCAAGCUAUUCAGCAGUCGAAUGCAAAUCUCACCCCUCAACAACGACGACAGGUCGAAGCGCAACAGAAGGCGGCAGGCUGGGCCGACAAGUUUACAUCGACCAUGCUGGAAAACGAACUCGAUGAUAAUGAGCCGCCCACGAUCAAGUUGGGUGAUGCUUCGGUGGCAGCGCCUUUUACGAGCAAGCUGGCAAAUGUGAUGGCCAUUCCGAACAUCAUCCGCCAGGGCAGGUGUACCUUGGUCGCAACCAUUCAAAUGUACAAAAUUCUCGCCCUGAACUGCUUGAUCAGUGCCUACAGCCUGUCUGUCAUCUACCUCUCGGGUAUCAAGUUUAGUGAUGGCCAGGUCACAAUCAGUGGAAUGCUGAUGUCAGUCUGCUUCCUCUCCAUCUCUCGGGCGAAACCGGUGGAAGCCCUAUCCCGAGAGCGCCCUCAACCAAAUAUCCUGAACGCGUACAUUCUUGGAUCUGUCCUUGCGCAAUUCGCCAUACACUGUGCAACGCUGAUAUACCUCUCAAACUAUGUCUAUUCCCUUGUGCCGCCAGCGGAGGAAGUUGACCUGGAGGGCGAAUUCGAACCCUCCCUCCUCAACAGCGCGGUUUAUUUGAUUCAACUUAUUCAACAAGUCUCGACUUUUGCCAUCAACUAUCAAGGCCGCCCGUUCCGCGAAAGUAUCCGGGAAAACCGUGGCAUGUACUGGGGUUUGUUGGCCUGUUCCUUCGUCGCUUUCUCUGGCAGCACAGAGUUCCUGCCCGAGCUCAGUCAGAAGCUACGCCUUGUCCCCUUCACAAGCGAGUUCAAGUGGGUGCUGACCACACUCAUGAUCGUCGACUUCUGUGGUUGCUGGGCAGUGGAGCAGAUUUUCAAGAACUUGUUCAGCGAUUUCCGACCCAAGGAUAUUGCGAUCAAGCGGCCAGAUCAGGUAGAGAGGGACGAAAGACGAAAGAGAGAGCUAGCGGAGAAGGCGGAGCGAGAGAGGAUUGAAGCCAUCGAAAAGCAGAGAGGCGUCGCCAACAACACGGCCCCUCCAAGAGCAAGGUAG